GCAAGGAAGGCGAACCAAAAGCUAAUAAAAAAAAAGGUUAAAAUCCUUAGACCUUCCUAAGAUUCGGUGGACAUAGCAGAGGCACAUUUCCCAGAACUGCGAAGUGGAGCUGAAGCGAUUCCGCAGGAAGCCUUGGGGAAAGGAGCUAUGGAGAGCGGAGGAACUGGCACCCUGCGGAUAAGGCAAGUCCUGUUGUUCUUUGUUUUUCUGGAAAUGUCUCGGGCGGACUCUGAGUCUGGGCGCUUUUCGGUGGAAGAGGAAAUGAAGAGCGGGAGCGUUGUAGGCAAUUUGGCAAAGGAUCUAGGACUGGAUGUGGGUGAGCUGUUCUCAAGGGGGGCUCGGGUGGUCUCUAAUGAUAACAAACACCAUUUGCAGCUGGACUUAAACACCGGGGAUUUGCUCUUAAGCGAAGCGCUGGACCGGGAGGAGCUCUGUGGCUCCACCGAGCCCUGUGUUCUGCACUUCCAGGUAUUAAUGAAAAACCCUUUGCAGUUUUUACAGAUUGAGCUCCAGGUCAGGGAUAUCAAUGACCACUCCCCUGUCUUCUUAGAAAAAGAAAUGCUCCUAGAGAUCCCAGAGAAUAGUCCUGUGGGCGCUGUGUUCUUACUGGAAAGUGCGAAGGAUUUGGAUGUAGGAAUCAAUGCUCUAAACAGCUACACAAUAAGCCCCAACUCUCAUUUCCACGUUAAAAUGAGAGUCAAUCCAGACAAUAGAAAAUACCCAGAGUUAGUUCUGGACAAGGCGCUGGAUUAUGAAGAGCAGCCAGAGCUCAACUUCAUCCUCACUGCUCUGGAUGGUGGGUCUCCGCCCAGGUCUGGGACGGCCUUGGUUCGGGUGGUGGUCUUGGACAUUAAUGACAACUGCCCGGAGUUUGAGCAGCCCUUUUAUGAGGUGAAGAUUCCGGAAAAUAGCUUACUAGGCUCACUGGUUGUCACAGUCUCCGCUUGGGAUUUAGACUCUGGAAAAAAUGGGGAGAUAUCAUAUACUUUUUCCCAUGCCUCAGAAGAUGUUCACAAAACAUUUGAAAUUAAUCAAAAGUCUGGAGAAGUUAGUUUAAUGGCAUCGUUGGAUUUUGAAACAAUUGAAUCAUAUUCCAUAAUAAUACAAGCCACAGACGGGGGAGGGCUUUUUGGAAAAUCGACAGUCAGAAUUCAGGUGAUGGAUAUAAAUGACAAUGCCCCUGAAGUCACCGUGUCCUCAAUUACUAGCCCAAUUCCAGAAAACUCGUCUGAGACCGUGGUUCUGGUUUUUAGUAUCCUAGACAGAGAUUCUGGGGACAAUGGGAGGAUGCUUUGUUCUAUCCCAGAAGACCUUCCAUUCAUACUAAAAUCUUCAGUAAAGAAUUACUACACAUUGGAAACAGAGGGAGCACUGGACAGAGAAAGCAGGGCCCAGUACAACGUCACCAUCACCGACGACAUGGGGACCCCCAGGCUGGAAACCCAGCACAACAUCACCCUGCUGGUCUCCGACGUCAACGACAACGCCCCCGCCUUCACCCAAACCUCCUACACCCUGUUCCUCCGCGAGAACAACAGCCCCGCCCUGCACAUCGGCAGCGUCAGCGCCACAGACAGAGACGCGGGCGCCAACGCCCAGCUCACCUACUCGCUGCUGCCGCCCCGCGACCCGCAGCUGCCCCUGGCCUCGCUGGUGUCCAUCAACGCGGACAACGGCCACCUGUUCGCCCUGAGGGCGCUGGACUUCGAGGCGCUGCAGGCGUUCGAGUUCCGCGUGGGCGCCACGGACCGCGGGUCCCCCGCGCUGAGCAGCCAGGCGCUGGUGCGCGUGCAGGUGCUGGACGCCAACGACAACGCGCCCUUCGUGCUGUACCCGCUGCAGAACGGCUCUGCGCCCUGCACCGAGCUGGUGCCCAGGGCGGCCGAGCCGGGCUACCUGGUGAGCAAGGUGGUGGCGGUGGACGCAGACUCGGGCCAGAACGCCUGGCUGUCGUUCCAGCUGCUCAAGGCCACGGAGCCCGGGCUGUUCGGCGUGUGGGCGCACAAUGGCGAGGUGCGCACGGCGCGGCUGCUGAGCGAGCGCGACGCGGCCAAGCACAGGCUGCUGGUGCUGGUCAAGGACAAUGGCGAGCCCGCGCUGUCUGCCAGCGUCACGCUGCACGUGCUGCUGGUGGAUGGCUUCUCGCAGCCCUACCUGCCGCUGCCGGAAGCGGCGGCCGACCAGGCGCAGGCCGACCCGCUGACCGUGUACCUGGUCAUCGCGUUGGCGUCGGUGUCGUCGCUGUUCCUGUUCUCGGUGCUGGCGUUCAUCGCGGUGCGGCUGUGCAGGCGGAGCAGGGCCGCCUGGGUGGGUGGCUGUUCGGUGCCUGAGGGCCACCUUCCGGGCCACCUGGUGGAUGUUACCGGUACUGGGACCCUGUCCCAGAGCUACCAGUAUGAGGUGUGUCUCACGGGAGGUACUGGGACAGAUGAGUUUAAAUUUCUGAAGCCGAUUAUCCCUAAUUUCCAGACCCAGUGCCCUGGGAAAGAAAUAGAGGAAAAUCCUACCUUCCACAAUAGCUUUGGGUUCAAUAUUAAGUGACCAUAAUUACCUUUUAUACCCAGAUGUAUUUUUAUUUUGUGCCACUUCCAUAUCAGUGUUUCCUUUCCCAAUACGUGGGUUUUUAAAUAUGACUUAAAAUUGAUUUU